CUAAUUUCCGAGAUGACGUGUAACCUAACCCCAAACUAUUUGUAAACAAACGCCAAGAGGUAAAUUGUUUGUUAGAUAGUGAAUGUAAAUGAAGACCUAUAUUUUUAAUCAGUAAUGCCCAAUAUUAGAAAAUAUAAAAAUGACUUUUUUGUUCGACAGCACUGUAGUAUUAUCCUCGCAGGUACUUUUUUUCAUUGGGGCAUGGAUAUUUUUCAUGAAGCAACUAUUCAAAGAUUAUGAAGUACGCCACAUUUUGGUUCAACUGAUCUUUAGCAUUACUUUAACGCUAUCUUGUACCAUGUUCGAACUGAUUAUAUUUGAAAUAUUAGGAUUUCUAGACUCCAGCUCUAGAUAUUUCUACUGGUAUCUCAUGCUUUACUUGCUGCUGUUCGUUGUGAUAGUAUUAAAUCCAUUUUACAUAGGCUAUUACUGUAUAAGCAAUAUCCGAUAUGUCAGGCCUGAUUAUAUCAAACACCUCACCGUUCUAACGUGGCUAAUAUUCCUGGCAGUAUUUUGGAAAAUAGGCGAACCAUUUCCUAUUGACCACCCAAAUCAGGGAUUUUUCAGCAUCGAAUCUCUAGUUUCCAGAAUAGGAGUGAUCGGAGUCACAGUCAUGGCUCUCCUCUCGGGCUUCGGAGCUGUAAACUACCCUUAUUCCUCCAUGAAGUUCUUCAUGAGAGAUGUAUCCGAAACCGAUGUAUUGAACAUUGAAAAGAGGUUGAUGCAAACUAUGGAAAUGAUCGUUUUGAGGAAGAAACGAAUUGUGAUGGCGAGAAAACAACAGUUACACAUGAAAGUGGACUCGGGCAACAAACGGGGAAUUUGGGAGAUGAUUUCAUCAGUUACAGGAAAUAAGAGCGACGAAAAUAUAAAUCAAUUACGACUUGAAAUCGAUGGCUUGGAGGAAAUGAGCAGACAGCUCUUUUUGGAAGUGCACGAAAAUCGCAACAUGUUGAUGCGGAUAGAAUGGUCCAAAACGUGGAAAGGCAGCUAUUUCAAUUUUAUAGGAUACAUAUUCUCUGGAUAUUGCCUAUGGAAGAUUAUCAUAUGCACCAUCAACAUUGUGUUUGAUAGAGUGGGAAAAAAAGAUCCUGUGACAAGAGGCAUUGAAAUUGCUGUGAUUUGGAUGGGCUUUGAUUUUGAUAUAAAUUUUUGGUCCCAGCAAAUAUCUUUUUACCUAAUUGGAUGCAUCGUAGUUACCUCGAUUAGAGGACUUUUACUUACCGUAACCAAGUUCUUCAACAGAAUGUCAUCUAAUAAAAGCUCCAAUAUCAUUGUAUUGCUUUUGGCGCAGAUAAUGGGAAUGUAUUUCGUUUCCUCUGUCUUACUGCUCCGAAUGAAUAUGCCAGUGCAAUACAGGAUAAUAAUCACCCAAGUAUUAGGGGCUUUGCAAUUCAACUUUUACCACCGAUGGUUCGACGUGAUAUUUCUAGUAAGCGCCUUAGGUAGUAUGGUCACUUUGUAUUUAGCACACAAACCGCCAGUUAAAGACAAUAUGAUGUGAUAAUAUAGGUACGAGAUUUUUGUUCUAAGAUAUGCACUGCAGAACAGUCGACUGACGAGAGCGCUAUUUAUUAUUUCUUUCAAUUUUUCCAAUAUGGGAAGGUAGAUUCUAUCUGGGUGCAUAUAAUGAAUAAAACUUAUUAAUUCUCUCGCUAUUUAUUCGAGGACGACAAAAAUACACUAACUAUUACCAUA